GCCAUGCAAGAAAAAACACAAAGAAGAAAGACGAAGAGGAAGAACGCGAUCCCGACGAGGAAGGGAAGGGAGGAAGGGAGCCUUUUUUUCUAUUUAGUUGAAAUUUGCGACGAUUCUCCGGCCUCUUUUCUACCAAAUACCAGGACACCCCUAAAAAAACCACACGAUGAAUCUGGAACGACUUCCAAAUGAGGAGAAACUGAGCUUAUGCCGAAAAUAUUAUUUAGGUGGCUUUGCGUUUCUGCCAUUCCUGUGGUUGGUCAAUGUGGUUUGGUUUUUUAAGGAAGCCUUCAUGAAACCAGUUUAUUCUGAACAGCUGCAGAUCAAGACGUAUGUGAAGCGGUCUGCGCUGGGUUUGUUGUUGUGGGUAACAGUUCUGACCACAUGGAUAACCAUUUUCCAGCGCUUCAGAGCAGAGUGGGGGGAGGUUGGAGAUUACCUGUCCUUCACAAUUCCACUUGGAAUCGCUUGAAUAAUUUAUGUCAGUUCUUUUGAAAAUAGUGAUCCUUUUAUAAAAAAGACUAGUUAUCUUCUUUAACUGGAUUGAAAUAUUCCGUGGAUUUUUUUUUGGUCUCUGGAGAUCAUUUUAAUGGCUGAUUUACAUUUACAAAUCCCCUAUGUCUUAAAUAUAUUAAUGAUCAAGGAGAGUUCUUUUUUGUGCUUUCCAUUGUAUUUCAGAAAGUUCUUUUAAGAGUAGGCGGAUUCAUCUUGUUUAUUAGGCAAUGUUUACUGCUAUGAAAUGAUCUAAUUAAGUACAUUUAGGAUAGUUCAUAACAUUCAACAAGUUUUCUUUUCAAGUUGAAUGUUUGUGACCAACAAACUAGAAGUAGGCUACUUGUGUAUGAAUGACAAAAUAAAACAAACAUUUGUAAUGCCUCCAAUGUCAA